AUGGCGGUGUUCGCAGUGCCCUUCCUGUCACUUUCAGCACCACUUAGAUCGGAUCCUAGGAGGAGCUACGCGCUCCCCUUGACUGGGCUGGAGCAACAGUCUGAGCAUUGGGCCAUUCCUAUGAUCCUAUCUAUGAGCCCGAGAUCAUUUUUCCAACGCAAAUUAGCAGUGAUUCAACUCUUAGCACGCACUGCCAUUCCAGCCGUCAGUUAUCCAGCAGCUGGUUCUAGCCAACUUGAUGUGCUAGCUCCUAGAGGUUGCAAGAGAAAGUGGACUGAGUUGGCUCUAGGUCUGGGUGACUCAUCAAGCUCAGACAGCAGCAAGCAGAGCAUGGGUACUGGAUGCACUGUUUCUUCUGCUAAGGGAAGCGAUGAUGCCUCAUGUAUGGACUACGACAUAAGUUUUAAGUUAUCUCUUUGCAAUGAAGGUACUUCCAAGCUGCAUAAACAGGCUUGUGAUUCUAAAAGGACUAUGGAGAAGCCUCGGUUGGAUCUUAAGUUAUCAUUGGCUCCAUCUCAGUCCGAUGUAACUGAUGCAGAUCUAAUUAGAAGCAGUGCACCUCAGGACAUGUUUGUGCAUCCGUACUUGAUGUCCUCAGUGCCAACAGUUGAUGAAGGAUCUACAUCUGCUCGACAUUCAUCUGGAGGCAUUGUGAGUUCCUUUCUUAACCGGGCAGGGAUUUCUCUGAGUCAAGCGUUCCCAGUUAACUCUAAUCAGGUUCAAGGUCCAGCUCCUUCAGCGCCAACAGUGCUCCAACUGCCAAAAAGUUCAGCUGCCUCUUCUUCUGGGUUUGUCCGUUCACAGCAAGCACGCAACAGUAGCACAAAAAUCUGUUCACAGCCAGGUUGUGCAAAAGGAGCCAGGGGUUCAUCCGGGCGGUGCAUUGCCCACGGUGGGGGUAGAAGUCAUGAAGGGUGCAAAAGGGCAGCACGAGGCAAAUCGGGCCUCUGUAUCAAGCAUGGUGGUGGGAAGAGGUGCCAAAAGCCAAACUGCACAAAGAGCGCCGAAGGGCGGUCAGGCAUGUGCAUUGCUCAUGGUGGCGGGCGCCGCUGUCAGUAUGCUGGGUGCGGGAAGGGAGCUCAGGGCAGCACCAAUUUCUGCAAAGCCCAUGGUGGCGGCAAGAGAUGCACACACCCUGACUGUUCCAAGGGUGCAGAGGGAAGCACGCCAUUCUGCAAAGCACAUGGAGGCGGCAAGCGUUGUUCAGCCGACGGAUGCACGAAGAGCGUGCAUGGUGGGACCCAAUUCUGCGUCGCGCAUGGAGGUGGGAAGAGGUGCGCGGUUGAAGGAUGCAGGAAGAGCGCAAGAGGCCGGACGGACCGUUGUGUUCUCCAUGGUGGGGGCAAGCGAUGCCACUUCGCUGGCUGUGGAAAGAGCGCACAGGGAAGCACCGACUUCUGCAAGUCACACGGUGGAGGCAGGCGCUGCUCAUGGGGACAUCCGGGUUCAGACCUCGGAUCAGGCGGUGCUCCUUGCGACCGUCUGGCAAGAGGCAAAAAGGGGCUAUGCGAUCGACACAACCCGCUGGUGGAUGACAACAGUGUCCACGGGGGUGUGUCGUUUGGUGGUUUCAGCAUCGUCAGUAGUGCUGCCCUUUCUGAGGGAGAUGGUUCUCCACGCACCGAAACAAGCAUGCGCAGCUUCUUCAUGCACACGGUGGAGGCUCCUCCUCGCCAUGUGGUGGCCUCAGCCCAUGAAGGCCGGGUGCAUGGGGGGAACUUUAUGCCCAUCAUACUGGACGGUGGUGUGGGACUCGGGAAGAAGCCGGCCGACAACGUUGAUGCCAGUACCUCUGUCCCUCGCUACUGGAAAAAUAUGGAGAAGCCCUUUGGCUCUGCGCAGCGCAGCUGGCUGUAA